GUUAAACAACAAGGGACAAGCAAGCGCAGGUCCAGAUUUUCUGUCGACUCGUCCGGUGCUACUAGUGAGGAACAGUUGUUUUAUCUGCACGAGUCUUAAUCUACUAUGUCGGUAGAGGUAGUCAUUCCUAAUAUCACCCCAGGGACUGGGGAAGGACCACAUUGGGAAGACAACACCCAACGCCUCGUCUUUGUUGACGUUGAACAGAAAACUGUGUUAAGAUGGGAUUCCCUGACCAGAAACAUUGAAACGCUACAGUUAGAGGACAUGGUUGGCUGCAUUGUGCCAUGUAAGAAGGGAGGAUACCUGGUUGGAGUCGGACGGCAGCUAGCACACCUAAACUGGUCUUCAAAGAAUCUGACCAAUCUACACGAGAUACCUCUUCACGGUAUUCAAAACAUGUUCAACGAUGGGAAGUGUGACCCAGCCGGCCGAUUUUGGAUAGGUAGUACGGGUAAGACUUUGUCUUAUGAACCCCUGGAGAUAGAAUUGGAGAAGGGGAAGCUGUACUGUCUUGAUUCAGACGGCUCCUUUCACAAACAUCUGGACAAAUUGAACGUCUCCAACGGUUUGGCGUGGACAUCUGACCACAGGACCAUGUACUUUAUUGACAGCAUCCCCGGCCAGAUCAUGGCCUUCGACUAUGACGUCACUUCCGGGAAUAUAAGUAACAGAAGGACAGUGGUGGACUGUCGCACCCUAAACCUCACUGAUAAUGGCAACGCAGGUGUACCAGACGGUCUGACGAUCGAUACCGACGGAAAUCUUUGGGUCGCUUUCUAUGGUGCCGGACUGGUUGUCUGCUUCAAUCCCCAAACAGGUAAAAUUCUCAGAAAGGUUGAAAUACCAUGCAAAAGGGUUACGUCCUGUUGUUUUGGUGGGGCAAAUCUGGACGAGCUCUAUGUAACUAGUGGUAGAGAAGGAUCGACGGACGCGGAGAUCAGGGAUUUCCCCGCCGCUGGCUCGGUGUUUCGAGUCAGAGGACUAGGAGUCAAGGGUCAUCCCGCCAAUGUGUUUCAAGGAAACUGUUAAAAAUAGUCAGCUUGUUUCUUUUCCACUCUUCUAAUUCCACUCUCGCGGCAGUAUCUACUCGAGUCCUUGUAAAAUAUGGUAUGGUUAUAUCAAAUUAUGUCUAUUUGUAUGAUUUUGUUUAGAAAUAUUACUAUAGAAUGCACCCUUGGUUUUUUUUCAAAUUUUAACGUUAUGCAAGAACAGUAAAACCUCAUAUCCCUUUUUAUCGUUUUCUUGUGUAUUCUUUAUACAUUUCCUUCAAAAUAUCGCCAAACCCCUUUAUAUCGUUUAAAUUUCAAAUGGUGGCAGAAUAACGAGGUGUGACUAUAUCAAUAUGGAACUCUACUGCGGAUCGUCUGAGAGAAGCGUUCUGUGCUCUGUAAUACCUACAGUGGAAUUAUACAGUGGAAUUAAGCAGUGGAAUUAUACAGUGGAAUUGGACUUAUACAGUGGAAUUAUACAGUGGAAUUAUACAGUGGACUUAUACAUAUCAUAUGUAAAAUCGCUUUGCAAGUGUUGUUGAAUCAAUUUUCUUAUAAAAUAAAGGAAUUUGACUAAACCGUAUCGUUAGUUUAGAAAAUAGCUUGUUGUUUUAAUAUGCAAAGCAUAUAG